UGAUACACCUCGUAUAAAAUGUUCAACCAUAAAUGUAUGGUCAAACAAUUUUUUCUACAUAGUACCUAUAUAAUAAAAACUAAAACAAUGCCUAUAAAUAGCUCAAUAGUCGCCAACAAUUGAUCACGUUUGGAAAAUGCAAAUAUAAGUACCUAUUCUGUGAAAAUAUCAUAUUUCAAUGAAAUCGGUAAUACCUCGGCACGCCAUAAAUAUUUGUUUGUUUUUCCUAUAAUUUUAUUAUUACGAAUGAAAAACAUCUCGGAAAAUCCAUAAAUGACCACUCUAGACUCUAAUGCACCUAUAUAACUGGAUCUAAAAUGUAACAAAAAGAUCUAUUGUUAUCACAUUUUGGUAAUACUAAUUGCCACACUCAUAAUCUAUAGGUACAGUGUGGAAAAUUAUGUCGAAAAUAAAACAUUUGCGAUCCACGGCUACUAUGAUAAUAUAUCUAAUGUGAAAUGUUCGAUAUUGCGUAUAAAUGUUCAAUUCAAACGAGUGAACAAAAUGGCAGGGUGUUUCGAACUUCGGCCAUAUAAAUUAUGUUAGUCAUUUUAUAUGGUCGAAGGACGUUUGGAAAGUGAAUCGUGUUUAAUCCAUAGAAUUAUAGGUACUCUGUAUUAAUUUACGGUUUAAUCACAGCGGCAACACGCACUCUCCGUGAAAAACGAACGUGUCCAAUAGGUCUUUGGAAUUUUUAGUUUUUCCGCCACCUUAUCAAUUUAUACCACCAUGGCACCGCUAACGGCUGAUAUUUUUGAUAACAAACAGCACGUCGGUAUCGUAUCGUGUUUGUACGUGCGGCUAUUAAGUUAUCGGGGCCUAACAUAAUUUUCCUAUUACACAGUGUAAUGCGUAUGUAAUUACUUUAUUACUGUUAUCCGUGGACGAUUCGAGCAGUCAUCGCUCCGUUUGUUUUUUAAUCAUUAACUUUUGUUUCGUUUUUCGUUUUUUAUUAUAGAUUAUAUUAUUAUUUAUUAUUUUGUUUUACAAUACCUACCUAACAUUGCGCAAGAGUAAUCAAAUCGUCUGCCGGUGUGCGUUUGGACUCGUCAAACAUGUGGUCGACGACGAAAUAGAAUCCCUGUGAUCACGCUAAUCUUUCUUAACACCGGUCUUCCGUGUUAUAUACGCAAUGUCCGAUUCUAGCGGAUCGUCGUUCAGUUUCCUGAGUAACUGGAAAUUUGGUUUGGCUGUCUCUGUCCCGUGUUUCGCGUUGGGCUUGGGCGUAACUUAUUACUAUUAUUUCAAAACGCCCGGUUACACUGGACUUGUCGACAAACCUGCCGCGAACGCAAGUGUUGCUAAAGAAGAUAACGUUCAAAAACCGCCAGAAACUAACGGAAUCGACCAGAAAGUCGUCAAAAAAAAGGUUGGUACCCAUCAAUUUUUUUUUAUUUUAGAGAAUCUAGAUUAAUUAAACAUAGGCAAAUACGAUUUCAAUGUAAUAACAUAUUUUAAAAAAUAUAUUAUAAAUACCUAUAUCGUGUUUUAUUGGAGAUUUUUUUUACAGACACUAGUAGAAGAGGUCGAAGAUUUAAAGAAACUCGGGAAUACAGAAUUUUCAAAAGGAAAUUAUGAUGCGGCCAUCACAUAUUAUACACAAGCCAUAUCAAUGUGCCCAGAAACAGAGAAAGUAGUUUUGUCUGUUGUGUUUCAAAAUCGAGCUGCCGCUUACAGUAAAUUGGUGGGCAACGAUAAAUAAAAUUAUUACUUUACGUCAGUUUGGUCUUAGCAAAACUGGGUUUUUUUUUUUCAAAUAUUAGGUGUAAAAAUAGUACUUAUUGUUUAUAUUAUACUUUCAGAAUAAUAAUGAAAAUUGCUUGGCUGAUUGUAACAAAGCUCUGGCAUUAGUACCAACAUACCAAAAAGCGUUAUCUCGAAGAGCCAGAGUAUUUUCAGAAUUAGGAAAUUUCAAACUUGCUUUAGAAGAUAUUACAGCUGUGGUUAUGUUGGACGAGUUUAAAAAUCAAGCUGAUAUAAUAUUUGCGGAUAGUGUGAUCAAAAAUUUGGGUGAGAUUUUUUUAUUUUUUCAUUUAUAUAGAAUUAAAAAAAUGUUUUUACAUUAAGACUAGCACUAAAAAAAUAAUUGCAAGAAUAAGUGUUAAUUUCUUCAAAUAUUUAAAAUUGUAUUUAUACCAUAAGUUAAAAUUAAUUUUCAGGCAAACAGAAUUUGAUAGAAUACACAAAGCACAAUACUUUUAAUUUACCAACAAAAACAUUUAUUGAUAAUUAUAUGAAAUCAUUCUGUGACGAUCCGUUUUCUGACGAAUUUACACUGACAUUAUUAAAAUCAGACGUAAAGUAAGUAGUAUUUAAUAUUAAUUCUAAUAUGCUUUUAUUAUCAUUAAGAAAUAAAUAGAUAGUUAUUACUACAAAUAUUAAAUAUAUAAUAUAAUUUAUGUAUUAAUUAAUUUAGUACAGGUUUGGAGUAUGCAUUAAAAUGUAUUCAGGAUCUAAAAUACGAUGAAAUUGAAAAUGCUUGUCAAGAAGAAUUAAAUAAAACUGAUAAUAGUUUGAUUCGUAGAAGUUUGGCAUUAAACUUAUUAGCUACUUUUUGUAUAUUGCGCGGAAAUUAUGCUGUUGGUAUUAAACAUCUUACUGCUGUCAUUGAAACGCCAAAUAUUCCAAACAAGGUAUAAUAAUAAAGUUUAUAAUUUUAUUGGUGAUUAAGAUAAUUGAAAGACAUAUUAUUAUCUAUACAAAUUAUGGCUGGGCAAUUACAACAACAUAAUAACUUGGGUAGAUAAAGUGUAAAAUUGAUAAAAUACUUAUACUAACUUAUUCAGGUGUUUGAUACCCAAUUUUAACAUUAGAAUCCAUGGUAUAUUUACAGAUAAAUAAAGUUCUAUAAAUAAUUAAUAUGCUAUUACUUGGUUUUCUUAUUCUAAUCAGUUGAUUCAAUAUACAAAUGUUCAGACUGAGCAAUUUGUACGAGAAAAUAAAUACAAAGAAAAGUGGUAUUUUAAAAAAAAUAAUAAUUUAAAAUCUGCAUCAUUACUUAAGUAUGAUUUUUGUGAAUAAUUAGGUAGGUACCUAUAUAUUUUUAUUGUUUUUUAUGUUUUCUUGUUUAGAUUUCGAGUGUAACGAGGGAGCUAUUGGUUUUACUAAGAUAUUUAUUUUUUUCUUUCUUUGUUCUAGUCUGCAGACAUGUUUUUCCUAGUAAAUUUGAUCUGAUCUAUAAGUAUAGCGAAUUUUUUGAUUUUCGAAAUACUUUUCAUAAUAAACGGAAAAUAAACUUAUGGAAAAUGUACAAUUUCACAAUAUCAUUAUUUUUCAUUAAUAUAGAAAACAUUUAUUAUUAAGAAAAGUGCUUAAAUAAAAAAAUGACAAGAAACCUUUUUUAUUGCAUUGUAUUUUUUUUUAAUAAGCGUUUUGAAUUUUAAAAAAAAAAACAUUAUGGCGCUUCAAAUUAUGUAUUAACGAAUUUAACUUGGAAUCGUUUUUCAUCAGCACUUUUUUUAGUUUUGUAUCCUUAAAUAGCGAUUGGGACAUUAUUUAAAUUUUUUUUUUCAAGAUGUAAACAUUUUAGGGGGAAAAACUCAUAAAAUAAUCAAAUCUUUCUAAGUCAUAACAAGUUUUAAACAUAGUCCAAUUAAUUUUAAAGUUUGAUUACACUUGGUUGAACAUUGUUAACUUUACUGUUUUAUUUUUGAAAAUUUAAUUGAUAUAGUUAAAUUGUUGAUAGUUGAUCAUAAAUUCCUUAAUAAAACGAGCGUCAGUUUAUCACCAACAAGAAGAAGUUGAAAAAUCUUUUGAGGAUUUCAAACACGCUGAAGCUAUUGAUCCUAACAGUUCUGUAGUAUAUCACCACAGAGCUCAAGUAAUAUAUAUAUAUAUAUAUAUAUAGUAUAAGUAAACAUUUUUAGAAAAUAGUGACAAAAAUCAUUGAUUUUUUUUAGAUUUGUUUACUAGAAAUGAACACUGAGAAAGCUGUUGAAGAAUUCAAAAAAGCUGUAGAAUUGAACCCUAAAUUUGUUUUGUCUAAUAUUCAAUGUUGUUAUGCUCAAUAUCUUCAUGCCAAACAAGUAUCAAAUGAAUUAGAUGUUGAAAAGUUCUUGAGAAAAUUGAAAGAAUUUGUGAUUAAAUACCCAGAUAAUGCUGAAAGUUAUACACUAUAUGCCCAGGUAGAAAAAUAUAUUAUAAAAUUAUAUAGUUUUUAAAAUUAAAUAUGUGUAUAUUUAUGUUUAUGAAGGCUCUGUCAGAAAAAGGAGCUUUUGAAGAAGCAGAUUUAUUAUUCAAAAAAGUGCAUGAAAUUUAUCCAGACAAUGCCACUUUUCUAGUACAUAGAGGUAAUCUUUUGUUUUUUGAAUGUAACUUUCAGGGUUGCUACCAUACUAAUAAAAUGGAAUUUUAAAUUUGCCAUGGAGAUUAAUUAAAUAAAUGAAAAACAUGCUUAUAUUGGGGAUGGGUGUACCACUGUUGUAUUUAAGAAGUUGGGAAGUAAGGAUACACAAAGUUAUUUUAUUUAUAUCAGUAAGUAAUGUUAAACCAUUGCUAAUGGAAAACAAUAUAGAGCUAAAUUUGGUUAUACAUGUUUUAAUAAAACAAUAUUAAAUCUUAAUAUUUACGAUUUUUGUCAAAAUUUGACAUUAAAACUACAGAAUACUCAAUUUUUUUUUUUUGAUGAUUAAUGAACUUCCUAUAAAAUUUUCAAGUAUUUCUAUUUAGUCAAACAAUUUUUUCCAUAAAGUAUUUAUCAAAUAAAAAUUUUACAUAAAAACUGUUUAAAAUUAAAAUGUCUAUAUAAAGCUCAAUAUUUGGAAUGUUUUACAUCGCUAAAAAAAAUAAACGUGAGUUUUGUCUAAAUUUCAAGUGUCCUCGAAUAUUUUUCACUAAGUUAAUAUUGAAAAUAAUUAAACCGUAAUUUGUAAUAAUAAUUUUCAUAGAAUUGUCAGUUCUUUAUAUGAUUUUUUCGGUUUUCUCUAUUAUUAAAAAACUACAGGGAAAAUCAAAUAAAGAUUUCAGUACUCACCAACUGAAUUCAAAAUGCAACAAAAAAGUUUGUCUUUUCUAUUGGAGUAAUAUUUCUGGUAGAAAACAUGUACCAUAAAAGUUUAUUAAAAUAAAAGAAUCGUGUAAUGCCGUAAAUUUAUUAGUUUUCAAUUCUAGUCUUUUCUGGAUUUCCUUAAUUAUUUUGAAAACCUCUUGGAAAAUCAAAAAAUGACCUCUCUGAUGCACCAACUGGAUAAAAUUUCCUUUCAGAAAGGUGCUACACUUCAUACAUUAAAGUUUCUUUUCAAAAAGUUGUUUACAGACCAAAAAAACAUAAUUAAACAAAUAGAUUUUGCCACGCUCUAAAUCUAUAAUACUGAAAAAAAUAUUUAUAGCACUAAGUUACAAUUGUAGAUAUGUAUAAUUUUCUUAAUUGAAAUAAAAAACUGUUCUUCUAUUGUUAAUGAUAAGAAAAAUGUUCAUAUUAAGGACUCUGAUUUAUCGUUUUACACCAUAGACAAGUGUGACUAAAGUUUACAGGGAUAGAUCUAGUAGAGUUAGUAUGUCAAUGCUAAAUAAUCAAUAUUUUAUUAAGUACUCUAACUAGUAAGUUUUUAACCUAAUAGUUAUGUUGUUUACUUUUAUGUGCUUGAAUAUAUAAUUGUUUUGCUAUUCAUAUUUAAAAUUAUAUGAAGUGAAUAUAACAUUAACAAAUUUAUAUUUACUACUAAAACAAAUAUAGACACCUAUAUAUUUUAAGUACGGUAACAAAUCCAAAAAAAAAAUGUUUUUAUAAUAUGGAUAUAAAUUAUGUAGUGUUUUAUGAUAAUAUCCUAAAAAAUUGAAGAAUUUUGAAUUCGAAUAUCUACAGUAACCUUGAUUGCACAUUUAUGUAAAAAAUUAGCUUACUAGAAAUUAAUAGUUUUUUUUUUUUUUUUCAGCAUUGAUUGCAUUAUCGUGGAAAAAUAGUAUAUCCGAUGCAUUUAGUUUCCUUGAACAAGCAUUAAAAAUUGAUCCAAAGUGUGAUUAUGCGUACGAAACACUUGGAACACUUUACAUUCAAACGUAAGAUAUUAAAAACAAAUGUAUAUAAUAUUUUGAAAUGAUUAUUUUAUUUCAAUACCAUCCUGUUAAGAUAUUUUUUUAAUUUUGAAUUAAAAAUAUUUUAUAAUGUUGCUAUGAUUAAAAAAAAAAAAGCAUUGCAACUAAAUUAUUUUAUUUAUUUUUAUUAAUGAGAUUUUGAUAAGACUAUUCAAAAUUACCGUCAUAACUCAAUUUAUUUAGAAUUGUUUUUAUCAAUUUACAUUCAAAAUAUGAUUAACUAUUAAUACUUACAUAGACUAGAAAUUUGAUAGACCAAACCAGUGUGUAAAACCAAACUGAAAAAACUUUUUAAGGAAACAAACAUGUAGAGAUAUUUGAGAGAUUAUACACCAAAUUUCUUGUUAAACCAGUACCAUAACAUGUGAAUCUAUAUCAUACGCUGGUGUGAACAGAUCGGAAUCAUCAUUAUGUUGAUCUUUAUUAUACGUACUGGUUUUUACUGUACCAAUCUGCUUUGGCAUACCGGUAUGUAUAAAUUGGAAUUUACGUAGCACACUGGUUUGGUUUACCGAAUUUUUAGAGACAUAUUAACUUAAUAAACUGCGCCUUGGACGAAAUUAACUUGGACUACAUCUGAUAAGCAGAAAAAGGUAUUGUGAAAAUAAAUAUGAUUGACUGUUCGUUUAUUCAAUGAUUUUUAUGGACAAUUAUCCAUGAAAUAAAUAAAUACAUACAAACUAGUUUUUUUUUAAUACAUGAUUAAAACUGCAUAGAAAAAAAGAGUAAACGUAUUAGUUUCUUCCAUAGUGUUUUUUGUUUUUUUUUUUUUUGCUUUUCAAGGCUGCGUGAGGAAAGUGUUAUUCAUUUAAUUAAUAUAUAUGAAUAAUUGUACAUUAGGCUAUUUUUAUAUUUUAUUUGUGCUUGUGUGUUUCAGUGGAAAAUUAAAUGAUGCUGUUGAUUGUUUGGAAAAAGCCAUACCUUUGUCUAAAUCGGAAAAAGAACUGUUGCACAUAUUUUCGUUGAGGGAUUCAGCGCGGGCCCAAUUAGCAGUAGUUGAACGUUUGGUACUAACCUCUGCCAAAGUAAAUUGAAUUUCCAAAAAAUAAAAAACAUUUAUUUCUAUUAUGGACAACAUUAUAUUAGUUUUAUCUUCUUUUAAUUUGUUAAAAAGUACUGUAAUUUUUUACACAUAUAGUAAUAUAUUGUUUGAUAAUUAUUUUAUCUACUAUAAAUAUUCAAUUCUAUUCUAUUGGGGAUCUUUAUUUAAUAAAUGUGAUUGCUAAUUAGUGACACAGGUGCAUAAAAACUAUUACAACCGCUUUGAACACU